UGGAGUAUUCAGCAGUGCUUAUUAUCCAUAUCUUGGACAAGCAGGUUAUCUUGGACCAUUAGUUGCGGUAGAAUUUGAAGCACCUAAAAAGAGUGUUGCUAUUUUGGUUAAAUGUUCAAUUUCCAAUGUGCAAAAUGCUAAUAAGGAUGAAUUGAAUUUUGAAUUAGUAGUAGAUUAAAUGAAAAAUUAUUGUUAUAACAAUAAUUAUGUAUAACUACACAUACACUCAAUACAUAUUUAAGUAGAUAUUAUAUAUAUAGUCUUAUUUACACAUGUGUAAUGUUCAAUUUAACUUUCUAUUAAAUCUAACAAUUAAAUUGUCAUUACCAAAACCUGUCACACGGAUUAAAUUAAUCAUCUUUCUAGUCACUCAUUCAUAUAUAAUAAAAAUAAUAAAGAAAGGGUUUUUUCUUAAAUUUGAUUUGAUUUCAUGAUCAUUCAUAUUAUUGAAGCUUUCCAUAAAUUCAGUGAAUUUCAGUUUGUUUCCCUAUGAAAUAUAAAAAAACUCUUUCAGUUUGUUUGUCUGUUUGGAUUCAUUUCAUUUUUUUUUAAUUCAACCAAUCAAUGCAUUUGAUGUUGGAUGGAUGCAAAAUCAUUGUUUUCUUUUUUCAAUAAAUAUUAUCAAACUACUUAAAUUAUAAUUCAGUAGUUAAAUGAUUUUAUAUAUAUAUAAAGGAUGAUCAUGCAUGAAAACCUGCUUAAUAAUCCUCCCUACUGUAACUAUUAUAUUUUUAACUUGUCAUUUAUAUUUUAUGUUGGUUAUAGAAUAUUAUUGUUUUUAAAAAAAUUUAAUUCUUAAUUCUUAAUAGAAAUAAUAUGUGAAAAAAAGUCACGUAAAAUUUACUUUUUCUUUGGUUAGUUUUUGUAGUUGUUAGUUAAAAAUCCCCCAUACAGAAUGAGAUUUUUAACUUUCUAAAUUUUUUUAGAAAAAAAUUGUAUCUGUUUUAAAAUUGAUGUUGUUUUUAAAAUAACUUUCAUAUAACUAACUUCAUUCUCCUUACUACCAACCAUUAUUACGUUAAUAAAUAAAGAUAAAUUUAGUUAGA